UAAGGACGUUUUUGGAAAUCUCUUCAAAGAUGUCACUGCGGCAGAGGAGAAGGCCGAAGCUGCUGAGGUCAAAUUGGAAAAUGAGGACUCAGAGGAAAACUUGAUUACAUACAAGCAUUGCACAGCCCUUCUACAACAAGCCCUGAGAAAGGAGGAAAGCUUUUGGGCACAAAAAGCUAAUAUAAAGUGGAUAUCCCAGGGGGAUGCUUCUACAUCCUUCUUCCACUCAUAUGUUAGGGGAAGGAGGCAAAGGUUGCACAUCUCAUCACUUAAACGUGACAAUGGGGACAUUUGCUCAACAUAGGAAGACAUAUCCAGUCUGGUUGUGGAGCACUACACCAAGAUUUUCUCCAAAACUAGUGUUGGAGAGAUGAGUCAAAUUCUGGACCAUAUUCCCUCGUGUGUGACUACAGAGGACAACACUUUGAUCAAUCAUAUUCCGGGGGAGGAGGAGAUCAAACAAACUGUAUGGAAACUAAAAUUGAUAUCCCAAGAGCAAGGAGCUUUCCAAGUCGGUAAGAAUAUCACUGAACAUGUUCUCAUAACCAAGGAAAUGGUUCACUUACUGGCAGCAAAUGUGAGGGGAGGAAACUGCAUAAUCAAACUUGACCUUUCCAAGGCUUUUGACAAUUUAUCUUGGGCAUAUCUGGAAGGGGUACUUGCUAAGUUUGGUUUUGAUGGCAAAGCAACUACCCUUCUGUUGGGGAACCUAAGAGCAACCUUCUUCUCAGUCUUGGUAAAUGGACAACCAAAGGGCUUCUUCCCAAUGAAAUGUGGUGUCAAGCAAGGGGAUCCUCUAUCCCCUCUCCUCUUCAUCAUUGCCCUUGAAGGACUGGCAAGAUAUUUAAAUUUCAAUCACUCCAUUGGUCUCAUCAAAUCAUUCUCUGCAGGUAGAACCCCAACCCCUUGCCACCUUCUGUAUGCGGAUGAUAUCAUCAUAUUCACCACAGCGGAAUGCAGAAACCUGCUGAGGAUAAAAGGAUUCUUAUCAGUUUUCAUGAAGGCCUUGGGGCAAGAGAUAAAUUACUCCAAAAGUCGAGCUAUAGUCCAUGAUAAAAUGAGGUUGGAACACAAGCUAAAAAUCACUAAAAUCAUGGCCAUCAAAUGUAGUUGCAAAGAGUUCAAAUAUCUAGGCUCUACCAUAGUAAAGGGGAAACUUAGACGGAUCCACUGCAAGGACCUGGUAGAGAGAUUUGAGAAAAAACUGAAUGCAUGGUAUAGUAAGAAGCUAAACCAGAUGGGAAGACUCAUUCUUAUCAAGCACGUCCUAUCCUCAAUACCCUUACACCUUUUGGCAGCUCAACACCUCCCCAAAUCCAUUAUUAAGAAUCUCAACAGACAAAUGGCAAAUUUCUUUUGGGGAGCAAGGGAGGAUGGGCAUAAGUAUCAUUGGCGAAGCUGGAACAGACUGUGCUAUCCAUUUGAAGAGGGAGGGAUGGGUCUGAGAAAUUUGACACACUGUCAAGAUGCAUCUUUCAUCCAUCUAUGGUGGAAGAUAGUACAAGGCUCCUCUUUAUGGAGCAGGUAUAUGAGGAAAAAAUACUUCAGAAACAGGGUAUUCUCCCCUAAGCUGUAUGACUCAUACACUUGGAAGGCCAUAUGUAGAGUGACACCCAUUGUCCUCCCCCACUGUAACCUUCAUGCAAAUGGUGUUGAAUGGCUCUUGGGCUCUUACUCCUUCAAAACGGCCUUUUACCUCACUUUUGAGCACAUGCCUAAGCAAACCUUUUGCAUUUACACUUGGGACAAAAGACAACUUGAAAAGAUCAGCAUGUUUCUUUGGCGACUUCUCAAUAAUCUACUCCCACUCCCCAACAACCUGCAACGUAUGCAUGUUACAGCUCCAGCUCAAUGCCCCCCUUGCAUGGAGGAUGUGGGGGAUGAGCAACAUAUCUUCCUUAAUUGCAGGGUUGUUUCCCCAGCUUGGAGAAGUUAUUCCAUGGUGUUAGAUGCACCAGCUGUUCGUGGUAACCCUACGGUCCAGCAAGCACUCCUUGGUUGGUGGUUCUCUUCGAACAAAAGUAGCAUAAAGGGUAACCUUAGGUUUCUUCUCCCCGGUUUCAUUUGCUGGUCCAUUUGGAAGAUCUACAACUCAUGCCUCAACGAUCAUGCCAAACCAUCCACGGAGGUCAUUAUUAUCAUAGAAAAUAAACUUGCUCAGGCCUGGUGUUGGGAAAACAAAAUGGAUACCACCUUCUUGAAGUUCAAGAAGUUCUUCAAGAAAGCUGACUCAGUCAGAAGGCCAUCCAAAGGAAAGCCACAGUCAGCAUGCCCGUACCCAAAAGUGGAGAAGUACGGAGAAAGAGAAAGAAACGAGAAGAAGAAGAAGGCAAUGGUAGCUGCUGAAAGUGACGAGUCAUCCAGCUCAAGCUUGGAUGAAGAAGCCCUCGUCUGCAUGGAGCGCAGAUAUGAGAAGUCCAACCAUGAGGAUUGGUGGACCAUGUCAGAAGAUGACACUCUCUGCCUAAUGGCCAAAGAUGAUGCUGAACAAGAGGCUGAGAAUGAAUCUCUUUCUGAAAAGGUGAAAUCCCUCAACAAGGAGCUAGGGAUACUGAAGUCUAAAGAAGCAGUGGAUAAGCUUCUUGAAACGACCAAACAUAAGGGUCGUGAAGGACUUAGUUUUGACCCCUCCAGUUCCAAAAAGAAAGGGAAAACAACUUUUAUCCCUCCCAAACCUACUGCCAAACCCAAUAAGCAGAAAGGAAAGGAGAAGGAAAACCCACAGAUGUUCCCAAAAAGCUCAAGCUCAGAUGAAGAAGCCCUCGUAUGCAUGGAGCGCAGAGCUGAGAAGUCCAACCAUGAGGAUUGGUGGACUAUGUCAAAAGAUGACACCCUCUGCCUAAUGGCCAAAGAUGAUGUUGAUCAAGAGGUAACUUCACAAACCUCCUGUUCAUCUUCUUAUGAAAGCAUACUAACUUCUGAAAGUCUUUUUGACAUGUUCAAAAAGAUGAUGAAAGAUUUUGAGGAAAUAAAUCUCAAACACUCAUCCUUAACAGAGGAGAAAAAGAUAUUGAGUGAAGAGAAUCUCAAGUUGACUGAAGGUCGAAAAAGUCAACUAGAUGAGAUCACUCAACUCAAGACUGAAAAUAAAUCUGUCUCUGAAAAGGUGAAAUCCCUCGACAAAGAGCUAGGGAUACUUAAAUCCAAAGAAGCAGUGGAUAAGCUUCUCGAAGCGACCAAACAAAAGGGUCGUGAAGGACUUGGGUUUGACCCCUCCAGUUCCAAAAGGAAAGAAGCCGCUAAGUACCCAGGUGUCUGGUACUUAGACACUGGCUGUUCAAGACACAUGACAGGUGAUGCGAGCCUCUUGAACAAUCUAAUUCCCUAUGAUGGUCCAAGAGUUAUUUUUGGAGGAAGCAAUGAUUUUGGCCUUACUAAAGGGCUAGGAAAUCUGGUGUACAAAGGACUAAUCAUCCAAGCUGUAUCUUAUGUUGAAGGUCUCAAUUAUAACCUUCUUAGCAUAAGUCAGUUUUGUGAUAAAGGUUACUCCUUGGAAUUCUGCAAGGACAUGGCAUCUCUCAAGAACAUCUCCACAAGUGAAGUCAUUCUCACUGGGAAGAGAAUCAGAAACAUCUAUGAAGUAAUGUGGGAUGAUGUCAAGGAAGCUUGCCUAAUUAGCAAAGCUGACACUAACCUUCUAUGGCUUUGGCAUAAGAGGUUGAGUCAUCUCAACUUCAAAACUCUCAGCAAGCUGUCCAAAGAAGGGUUAGUAGAAGGCCUUCCCAAUGCUGUAUUCAGGAAGGAAAGCAUUUACAAGGAUGAAGAGAUCAAUGAAGGAGAUAGAAUGAAGCCUACGGAGUUCAUUCCAUUCAAAAGUCUACCACUGAAGACUUCACAAAGAAAUCCGGAUUCAGACGGUGCUGAGCCUACCGGAAAUCAUGGCCAACCUUCCAUUAUUCCGGAUCACUCCAAUGGUGACAAUUCCGGAAAUGGUGACCCAGUGUCAAUCCAUCCGGAAUCACCAACAAACUCUGUUUUUCAACCAGAAGCUCAACCAGAUCAACCAGUCAACCGUAAUCAACACAAUCUUCGUUGGUUAAGGGAUCAUCAUCCUCAACAAGUUAUUGGAGAUAUUCAAUCAGGAAUUCGCACAAGGAGUGCUCAACAGAAUCUAGAAGCCAUGCUUGCUUAUUCUUUCACCCAAAAUUCAACGAAAAUGAAGGUUGGAGGCGCGAAUGUUCACUUUAAGAAAUUGGAAGCCAAAUGCUCUUCACCGACGUUCUAUCAAACUUACUUGGAGAUGAUUGAUGCACAGGAACUCUCCGAAUUCCUUCAUCUGGAAACCAGAUUCAAAUAUGAAGAAGAAGUUUUGGAAUUCUACAGAAAUGGAGAAAUCAAGACUGUCAAAUCAAAGGAGAAUCCAGAAAGAUCGAUUCAGCUCAUCAAAUCAACUGUUGGAGGCAUGAAAGUGAAGAUCUCACUGAAAAGGAUGCAGAAGAAGCUCCAUCUUCCCAACUCUGGAAUUGAAAUUGGGAAGCUCUCGUCCAAGAAUCUGGACUGGAAAACUAUUGGAAUUUCUUGGCAAAUCCCCUCUGGCUCAGCAAAGAAAGCCGAUUUGAAGAACGACUACAAAUUGGUUAUGGAGCUAGUCAUUGCAUGCCUUGAAUGUGGAAGCGGAGGACAUGCUGAUGACAUCACUCAAGAAAGGGCAUUCAUAAUCAACGCCCUCAUUUCCAGAACCAAGGUAAAUUGGGCUAAACACUUCUUCAAUUCCAUUUCCAAACACUUAGGAAAGCUCAAACAGAAAUAUUUGUGUCAAGGACUGUACCUUGGGUACAUUUUGGAGUCCAUGGGCGUUGCCUCUGAAGGCAAGAAGUAUGAUUCCAGAUAUUGGCUCUACUAUGUGUCUUCCAAAGGAGAAAACAGAGCAAGUUCAACUGCAGAGGAUGAAGCCUCUUCAGACAAUGUCCUCAUUGUGAGUCUGAAGAAGUCAUCAAAAAGGAAGCUUGUGGUGUCUCCCUCCCCCAGUGCUGAAGCACCACAAAAUCUUGCUUUGGUUAAUUUUUAGAUAAAAAUGUAAAUAGGAUGAGAAUAGGAAUAUACAAAUAGAAUGGGCAUACCCGAGCUCAAAAUAGGCGAAAUGCCAAAACCAUAGAGCAAAUUGGCUACAACACCAAUUCGUCAUACAACCACGACGGCACAACCGAAACCACAGCACACAGGCCAAAAAAACACAUACAGACACCAACCAAACAUAAACCAAGGUAUUGACAAACAUCAACACGCAGGCCCAAGUAACAACAAAGCACACCAAACAUAAAGAUCAGGACAGAAA